GCUGAUUUUUGUUGACAACGAGAGAAAAACAAAUUGUAGUCAUAACAAAUUUUAAGAAUUGCGUUUUAAAUAAAUUCAAAUUACAAAAAUGGGCACCUGGGUACUGGAGGUAGCUAAGAUGGGCAUGUACAUGGCCUUUCCAGUGGCGCUAUUUCACUUUUUCAAUCAGCCGGAAUACUUUGAAGAGUGGGUGACCAAAAAGAAGCGCGAGCUCUAUCCGCCGGAAAGCAAGAGUCAUCACGAGGAGCUACAGCGCGCCAUACGUGAACAUCACCAGGAGCAUGAUGCAAAAAUGUUGCGUGCCAUGGCAGAGCGCAAAAACUAAAAAGCCGCGCCGGCAAAUUGUAAUAUUAUUUAUUAGUUUUUAGUUAUAUAAGACAAGUGGCAUGUUGACUGUCGAGUGGGGCAGUCGAUGCCUCACUGUGUAAACAGCAAAAAUAAUUGUUUUGUAUUGCGACAUAAUAAAUAAUACUAGUCUAUAUACUUGUGCAUUACA